AUGGUAGAGAGACUCUGUACAAAGGAUAGUAGUCACUGCAGAGAAAACUUCAGCCAGAUUCCAAAUCAUAAUGAGAAGAAGGAAACUCCUACUGAAAUAAAACAACCUAAAUCCAGGUUGUGUAGGCAAAUCUUCAUGCAUUAUUUAUCCUUGAAUAACCACCUGAGCUCUCACAUUGGACUCAAACUAUACCUGUGUCAGGAAUAUGACGAAAACCCUUAUAAAUGUAAGGAUCCUGAGAAAGCUUUCAAGCCUCACCAACAUAUCCAAAGACAUGAAGGCAGCCCCAGUGCGAAAGCUUUCCACUAUUCAGCUUCCCUUAGAAAUCAUGAAAGAAUGCAUAUUCCUGGGAUACUGUAUGAGUGUAAGCAAUGUGGGAAAGUCUUUAGUCAUCUCAGUUACUUUAAACUUCACAAAAAUACGCAUAGUGGAGAGAAACCAUAUCAGAGUAAGCAAUUUGGCAAAGCUUUCAGUUCUUCCAAGUACUCUGUAGAAAAUGAAAGAGCACACACUGCAGAAAGUCCCUAUCAAUGUAAGAAAUCUGAAAAAGCUUUCAGUUCCACUUGGCUAAGAAAUCAUGAAAGAACACAUCCUGGAGAGAAACCUGAUGAAUAUAAGGAAUGUGGGAAAGUCUUCAGUUGGCUCAGCUCUCUUGAAACACAUAAAAGAAGUCAUGAUGAAAAGAAGCCUCAUGAAUGUAAGGAAUGUGGUGAAAUAUUCUAUCAUCGCUAUUCCCUUAUAAUUCAUCAAAGAAUGCAUACAGGGGAAAAACCAUAUGAAUGUAAGCUUUGUGGUAAAGUUUUCUCUGAUUCAACUUCUCUCCAAAAUCAUAAAAGAACUCAUAACAGGGAAACACCCUAUGGAUGUAAGCAAUGUGGGAAAACCUUCAGUUGUCCAAAGUCUUAUCGAGAGCAUCAACAGACACAAUGUGGAGAAAAGCCCUAUGAAUGUAAGCAACGUGGGAAUGCUUUUAUAUUUUCUACUUCUCUUCAAACUCAUGAAAAAAUGCAUACUGGGGAGAAGCCGUAUAAAUGUAAGCAAUGUGGGAAAGCCUUCUCUUAUAGCAGGUCUUUUGGAAAACAUAAAAAAAAUCAUGACGAAAACAAGCUUCAUGAAUGUAAGGAAUGUGGUAAAAUAUUCCUUUAUCCCUCUUUACUUAGAAUUCAUGAAAGACUGCAUACUGGGGAAAAACCAUAUGAAUGUAAGCAAUGUGGGAAAGCUUUCACACAUAACAAUAAUCUUAAAAAUCAUGAAAGAAUGCAUACUGGAGAGAAACCCUUUGAAUGUAAACAAUGUGGGAAAGCUUUCAUACGUUCCAUUUCUCUUAAAAAUCAUGAAAGAAUGCAUACUGGAGAGAAACCCUUUGAAUGUAAACAAUGUGGGAAAGCCUUCCAUUCUAGUGGCUCUCUUAAAAAACAUAAAGGAAAGCAUGACGGAAAAAAGCCUCAUGAAUGUAAAGAAUGUGGUAAACGUUUCCUUUAUCCCACUUUCCUUAGAACUCAUGAAAGACUGCAUACUGGGCAAAAACCAUAUGAAUGUAAGCAAUGUGGGUAAGCUUUUCAUUAUAGCAAUUCUCUUUGAAAACAUAAAGGAAAUCAUGACCGAAAAAAGCCUUAUGAAUGUAAGGAAUGUGGUAAAACAUUCCGUCAUCCCUAUU